AUGCAAUUUAUUGAGGCUCAGCUGCUCUCGUCUUUUGGUCGUAUCGCGGACAUGAAGAUGUGUUACGACCGCGCAGGCCACCACAACGGCAAGGACGACAACGCAACCAAGAUAUCCGCGGACGAAAGAACAGAAUGUCAGCGGGAGACAGCACAUCACGCUGAUAAGUCGCAUGAGAGACUUCGUGCCAGAUGUAGGGAGCUGAGCAUCUUUCGAGGGAAUCAGCGUGUCUUCGGUUGCGAAACAUGUUUCUACAUUGUCAUACCUUCAUCUUGCAUCAUCACGCGAUCUAGUCUAGACAGAGACAACAACACUGCCCAGCAGAUAACGACUGACAAUAUCGUGGAUGCGCUAUCGUGGAGAGGCCCAAAGAUACCAUCUUGCCCCCUCAAGCAUAACGACAACGCAAUCUGUAUAGCACUGAAGGAGAUGAAGAUGUUGGGUACCACUGGCCGUCGGAUGAUUUCCGAGAUGCGUCUCGAAAGUGUCGCCAUGGUUUUUAAAAUGCGUACUACUUGA